AUGCACCACAACACUAGCAAUUUUCACCCAAUCACAUUUUUUCUCAUUGGAAUCCCAGGUCUGGAGAAGGUCCAUGCCUGGAUCUCCCUGCCAUUCUGCACUGUUUACAUUGUGGCUUUACUGGGCAAUGCCACAAUUUUGAUGGUCAUCAAGAUAGAGCAAAGCCUUCGGGAACCCAUGUUCUAUUUUCUGGCCAUCCUUUCAACUAUAGAUUUAGCUCUUUCUACAACCUCUGUACCCCGCAUGCUCGGUAUCUUCUGGUUUGAUGCUCAUGAGAUUAAUUUUGGAGCUUGUGUGGCUCAGAUGUUUUUCAUCCAUACUUUUACUGGCAUGGAAGCAGAGGUCUUACUAGCCAUGGCCUUUGAUCGAUAUGUGGCGAUCUGCGCACCACUACACUACACCACCAUCCUGACAUCACGUGUGCUGAUGGGCAUCAGCGUGUGCAUUGUCAUUCGCCCAGUCUUAUUCAUGCUUCCCAUGAUCUAUCUUAUCUAUCGAUUACCCUUUUGUCAGGCUCAUAUAAUAGCUCAUUCCUAUUGUGAGCAUAUGGGCAUUGCAAAACUGUCCUGUGGAAACAUCCAUGUAAAUGCUAUCUAUGGGCUUUUUGUAGUUUCUCUUUUUCUUCUGAAUCUGACCCUUAUCAGUAUUUCUUAUGCUUACAUUCUCCGUGCCGUCUUUCGCCUCCCUACACAAGAGGCAAGGCUAAAAUCCUUAAGCACAUGUGGCUCACAUGUUGCAGUGCUCUGUGUUUUCUAUAUCCCCUCGGUCUUCUCUUUUCUUACCCACCGAUUUGGACACCACAUACCUCGCUAUAUUCACAUUCUCAUUGCCAAUCUCUAUUUAGUUAUCCCACCUUCACUCAAUCCCAUUAUUUAUGGUGUAAGGACCAAGCAGAUACGAGACAGGGUAAUUUAUUUAUUUAUUAAAAAAUAA